AUGGCGUCUCUCUCGACCGCUUCGCGCCUGUGCCUGCGCUCGGCCAGCGUCGCCAACCCGGCCGCCGUCCGCGCCGCCGCCCUGAGCACCACGGCCAUGCGCCCGGCCGGCGGCGCCGCGAGCGCCUCGUACACGAGUCCCUUCAAGGGCAACGAGUCCAAGGGCAACAAGAUCCCCGACUUCGGAAAGUACAUGUCCAAGAGCAGCGAGGGCUCCAACAAGCUCUUCUCGUACUUCAUGGUCGGCGCCAUGGGCGCCAUGACCGCCGCUGGCGCCAAGAGCACCGUUCAGGAGUUCCUCGUCAACAUGUCCGCGUCUGCCGACGUCCUGGCCAUGGCCAAGGUUGAGGUCGACCUCAAUGCCAUCCCCGAGGGCAAGAACGUCAUCAUCAAGUGGCGAGGCAAGCCCGUCUUCAUCCGACACCGCACCCAGGAGGAGAUCGACCAGGCCAACAAGGUCAACAUCUCUUCCCUCCGCGACCCUCAGUCCGAUGACGACCGCGUCAAGAAGCCCGAGUGGCUGGUCAUGUUGGGCGUCUGCACGCAUCUCGGCUGUGUCCCCAUCGGCGAGGCCGGCGACUACGGCGGCUGGUUCUGCCCCUGCCACGGCUCCCACUACGACAUCUCCGGCCGGAUAAGAAAGGGACCCGCCCCGCUCAACCUCGAGAUCCCCGAGUACGACUUCCCCGAGGACGGCAAGCUGGUCGUCGGUUAA